AUGUGCGACGAUCCGAAUGGUACUCGCUGGGCGAAGUCUGAGAAAAACUUUGGCCGUACAUUACUGGAGCGUGCUGGAUGGGAAGAGGGCCGUGGACUCGGCACGGAGAGCAGCGGAGUCACUACACACGUGCGGGUGCAGCGGAAGGACAGUGUAACGGGUAUUGGCUACGAUGGCGGUGUGCAGCAGGCGUGGAGUGCGCAGUCCGUUGGAUUCGCAGAUGUGCUCGCGCGUAUUAAAAACGCCGUCCACUCCGGUUCUGAAGAGGGAAAUGAAGAGAGAUCUGCUGGAGAAGAGGAACAAGGGGGAAGUGACAGCAAUAGCAACAGCAGCAAUAAUAAUAAUAAUAAUAAUAAUAAUAAUAAUAAUAAUAAUAAUAAUAAUAAUAAAAGUAGUACGAAGAAUGGUCCGACUGGUGGGAGGCAUGUAUGCAUGUAUGCAAAGAGACACGCACUCAAAACGGAACUUCUGCGCUCUAAUGGAGAUGCGGCAUCGGCGGAAAUUCUUGGAAGUGCGAGUUCCUCACAUAAACGCAGACGUGAGAAUGAUUCCGAAUCUGAAGAAAAUAAUAAUAAUAAUGAUACGGCUUCAACACUGCAGUCUCCACUACUUCAACGACUAAUGGUACGUAUGCCUAAACAUGAACCACGACGAACCACAACAACAGAUACAUCAGAAACUGUACGUAUUACUAAACCACAACCGCGACCACCAAAGUGUACAGAU